GUUAUGUAAUUAAUGUAUAGAUACAUAUGCAUGAACGUUGUCUCCGCAACAAACGGUGCAACUACUGGAAGAGAAUUGGUUGAAUUGAGUACCUCAGAAAUGGCUGUCUCUUAUAAGCCUCACUCACAACCUCUGACAUAGUCUCUUCUUCAGGUUUGAAUCUGUGUAAUUCACAUUAUCUCUCUUGCACCGGCAGCUCUUGCAUAGGGGCACUUGCUGGUGCCUCAUACAUAAAUCAAGAAAUUCAAAAAAAGAGAAAGGAAAAUUGCUACCCUUCAGACACAUGAUGAGGUUCAGACAAGAAUCAUCACACAUGAUAAGGAUACCAUGGGACAUGUGGAUCUUGAUUGCAUUAGCCCUGUUUUGUCAUAGCAUGAUUGGGGUAUGUAAUGCUCAAGACUACGGUGAUCAGUCGUACACGCCGCCUAAGGAGGCGCAGAACUGUAAUGGGAUCUUCAUAUCAUACAACUUUCAGGGCAGGGAGAAAACGUAUCCGCUUGUCAAGAACGUGUCGGCUCAGGCGUGGUCAUUUAGGGCCUUGGCCACCGUGUUGAAUACGGGGGCGACCGAGCUCAAGUCGUGGAAGCUUUUCGUAGGAUUUCAGUAUAAUGAGCUGUUGGUUGGGGCUGAUGGGGCUGUGAUUUUGGAUGGGGAUCCGGAAGGGGAUGGGGAUGGGUUCCCCAUUCGUGUGGGGAAGAAUGGGACGGUGCUGGCGGGAUAUCCGCAGGCUGAUCUGAAGACGGCAAUCGACACAGCUGGGGAUUUCACGCAGAUGCAAGCUCAGGUUACCUUGAAAGGGACUCAAUUUGGGGUCAGCGCCAAAGCUACUCCCUUGCCCAAGUCCAUAAAGCUUGCCAAUGAUGGUUAUGUAUGUCCUAAACUCACCAAGAAAGGUGGUUACAUGUAUAGCUGUUGCAGAAAGGACCCGAAAUAUAAACCAAAGGAAAAGAUCACUAAAACCAAGUUCCUCAAACGCCAACAGGGCGAUCUCACCAUGACUUACGACAUCGUUCAAGCUUAUGAGGCAUCAUAUCAUGCACAGAUCACUAUUGACAACAACAAUCCGCUUGGUCGUCUCGAUCAAUGGAACUUGACGUUUCAGUGGAUGAGAAACGAGUUCAUUUACAGCAUGAGGGGAGCCUAUACUCACAUAAAAGAUCCAGCUGAAUGCAUUUACGGCGCACAAGGACAGUACUAUAAGGAUUUGGAUUUCUCUAAUGUAGUCAACUGCCAAAAAAUUCCUGUCAUCUCGGAUCUCCCGUCUGAGAAAGAGAACGAUGACAAAGUUGGUAAGUUGCCUUUUUGCUGCAAGAAUGGUAUUCUUAUGCCAAAAACGAUGAACGAGACCAAAGCAAGAGCCAUUUUCCAGAUGGAGGUUUACAAGCUACCACCUGACAUGAAUAGGACCGCGAUCACCCCACCUCAGAACUGGCAUAUCCAAGGCCGCCUCAAUCCGACCUACAGGUGUGGUCCGCCCAUCAGAGUUGAUCCAACCGAGUUCCCAGAUCCUACCGGACUUCCUGCCAUAUCAGCAGCCAUCGCAAGCUGGCAAAUCAGUUGUAACAUCACUAGUCCCAAGCCCAAAAAAGCUAAAUGCUGCGUCAGCUACUCGGCUUAUUAUGCUGAUGGGGUCAUCCCUUGCAACACGUGCGCCUGCGGUUGUGAUGAAGACACCCGCUGUGACGCCAAUGCGCCCGCCCUGGCUCUUCCUUCAAAUGCUCUGCUUGUGCCUUUCGAGAACAGAACCGAACUUGCAAAAGCGUUCUCCCACAUUCAGCACAAGAAACUGCCUAAAAAACUGCCUUGUCCUGAUAACUGUGGAGUGAGCAUAAACUGGCACAUUGAUUCAGAUUACAGGACUGGAUGGACAGCAAGGGUAACUAUUUUCAACUGGGAAACCACACCUUUCGUCGACUGGUUCUCCGCCGUCCGGAUGAAGAAGCCCCAAAUCGCUCUUGAGAAAGUAUAUACUUUCAACGGCACAAAAAUGACUAGUCCCAGUAACACCAUUUUCAUGCAAGGGAAUCCAGGGGAGAACUACUUGAUGGCAGAGACAAACUCAAGUAAACCUCUAGUGGAACCGAGAAUUCCAGGAAAGCAGCAAUCUGUGAUCCAAUUCUCCAAGAAACACCUUCCUCAUCUCAAUGUUGUAGCAGGGGAAGGAUUCCCUUCAAAAGUGUUCUUUAACGGUGAAGAGUGUGCUCUUCCCAAAGAGUUUCCUAAACAAAGUCCUGCCCAUCAAACGUCGGCCGGCCUUCUUCCUGCAAUACUUGUUCUUGCUCUCUCUUUUCUGCUCUUGACGGAUCGCUUGAACUGAGGAAAUCUGCAGAGGCUUCUUCCUAAUUCAAUGCUGCUUCCCCAGCUCCCAUGUUAAUAAAUUUUUGUCUGGAUAGUUUUUCUCUGCAAGAAAGUGGAGACGCUAGUGGCAUUUGAAGAGGAGAUAAAGAACCACAGGGCUGUGGAUGCUAUCACACUUAAGACAUUAUUGUUUCAGCAAGCCGAUGAAGAGAUUUGAAUAAAAGUAGUUUGUUAUAUAGGUAUUUCUCCUUGUUUCUAAGAAUAUUUAUACUCUUUUCUUUAGCUUACUAUAUACAGAUGAAAACAUUUAUUUCUUAGAGUACUUAGCAACAGACUAACAUGUUCUUAUCUUUAUGAUCAUGCCAAGAAAUUCCUAAAAAUGGACACACUGUUCAUUUUUUACUA